CGUAGAGUCGCACAUUUGCAUGUUGUAACGGUGCGCUGGUUGCAUGUCUUAACGAUGCACGUUCAAUGCCGCGACGCUUUGCAUGAACGCGGAACAAAAUUUUGAAUUAAGUGGAUGCGCUCCAGAGCAGUGAAAAUGUUGGCGUAUUAUUCUCAUGUUCGGCCCAUAUUGUUGAUUAUGAUGUUUACAGAGCUUGCGCUCGGUUCGUUCGGAGUUUGACGGCGUGAUAUUUUUUAUUUUUAAAACUACAUUAUUGUGCAGCGGUCGAACUAAUUAGACUUUGGGCAUUUGGGGUUAUCAUUGCUACAAAAACUAUGCAUACGCGGCGGCUCGUGAAGCGCUCCGUCAUUGGGAGCCGCGUGUAUGCGCCGGGUCUACUGGGAGACGCGGCACCGCUCACGGGAGUCAUCCAGGCUGUCAAACAGGACAACACAGAUGCUGCAACCUGUCAUCGGCGCAACGUGUACACUGUGCUUAUGCAAGACGGGAGCUUGAAAGAAUACUCCGAGGAAGAGAUCGCACAGAUGACUGCGAAAGGACCGCUGAAGUCGAGCUUGAAGGUGUUUGGUCAGAGCACCUGUAAUGGUUGCCUGAGGGACGGGCCCACACAAGGCCAGACUGGAGGUGUGCAGAGAGGAGAUGCCCCCUCCUUGUGCCCGGAGAACAUUGAGGAUUCACGGGUGCUGGAGCACAAACGAAUGGGCUGGGCACUGGAGCUGGAGAAAGACAACACCCGCUCUGUUUCUCUGCUGGAGCAGAAGCGCAAGGUGGUCUCGUCCAGCAUCGAUGUACCACAAGCCAGGAAGUCAGAGGAGGAAGACAUGGACAAAGUGACAGCUGCCAUGGUGCUGACCAGCCUGUCCACUAGUCCUUUGGUACGGAGUCCUCCUGUUAAGGUUAACGAAGGCCUGAAUGGCUCUUGGAAGGAUGGAGGCUUCACCCCGUCCAGCUACAGCAGCAGCGGGUACUGGAGUUGGAGUGCGCCCAGUGACCAGUCCAACCCCUCGACGCCAUCCCCACCCCUGUCCGCUGAUAGCUUCAAACCCUUCCGCAUGCCCAGCCUCAACGGCCCACCGGACGACAACAUCGAUGAGCAUGACGAGAACAGCUUGCUGUUUGACGAGCCCAUCCCCCGCAAACGCAAGAACUCCAUGAAGGUCAUGUUCAAGUGCCUGUGGAAGAACUGUGGGAAAGUCUUGAGCACAGCUGCUGGGAUCCAGAGGCACAUUCGAACCGUCCACCUCGGGCAUAAUUGUGACACAGAGUGCAGUGAUGGUGAGGAAGAUUUCUACUACACAGAGAUUAAACUCAACACCGACUCUGUGGCGGACGGCUUGAGCAGUCUGUCCCCUGUUUCUCCAACUGUGCUGUCUCCCCCAACAGUCCCGGACCAGAGACAGCCGGACGGCACUAACGGGACAAAGAGUGAGAACAGCACCAACACCCCACUCAGUCGCUCAGCUCCCAGUGCACUCUACCUAGUGCAUACAGACCACGCCUACCAGGCCACUGCCCCAGUCACCAUCCCCUCCACCAGCUCCACCGGCUUCACCCCCUCCAGCAACAGUUUCAGUAUCUCCUGGCAGUCCCCAUCUGUUACAUUCACUGGCACCUCUGCCUCACCAACUCACACCCGGACUCAGGGCUUCGGGGAACAGCGCUCUCAAACUAUUGCAGUGCUCUCAUCUCCCCCAAGAGCUGCAGGCUCACUCAGUAAGAAGUCCCGCGGUGAGGGGAAGAAGUGUCGGAAGGUGUACGGCAUGGAGAACAGAGACAUGUGGUGCACUGCCUGUCGCUGGAAGAAAGCCUGCCAGAGAUUUGUGGACUGAAACAGCUGUGAUGGCUGGGACAUGGAAAAACUGGGCAGGCUUCCCGUGCAUGCAUAGCAUAAUUAAAAACUUCCCUUCACUUUGUUACUGGCACCUCACCCUAUCUCUAAGGCAGAAGCCCGCCACCCUUCUGAGGAAGCCCAUUUCAGCCGCUUGUACUCGCAACCUAGUUCUUUCGGUCACGACCCUGCCUCAUCUUAAACCUGCGUGGACCUGGGGUCAAACCCCAAUGCAUUCCCUCCAAACACAACAGACACACUUCUGUCUCUUUUUGCAGAUUCCCAGCUCUCCCUUUGAGGCGAGUUGCUUAACACUGCAAAAAAAAAAAAAAAAACUUUUAUGUGUUCCAUCUCUCUUUGUUUGUGAUUAACUUUCUUGUCAGUUUUUGAAGGACCAGCAAUGGCUGGAUCAGCCCGUCCAAGCUCUUUUAAAAAGAGAAGAAAGCUCUUUUUGAGACUUUGGGAGUGCUAUAAAACUGAGAAGGGGUGUGUUUCUUUUUCUAUGGGCACUUCCACUUUUUUCCUGCUCAUUUUCUAAAGGUUAAGGGUUGGACAGGCAGAAAACCCAGUUUUAGCCCUGUCUCUUUAAAAGAAUGUAACCCCACAGGGGUUUGUUUUAAGAAAUCAAGGGUGACUGGACAGCUCCCUCGAGUGGGAAUUCAUCAAUGCAAAAAAAUACAAGGUAUGAGAGGCCAAAUGGAUGAAAAAGACUUUCAACUUCGCCCUUCAGCUGUACUGUCACAACAAAUUUCUCCCUCAACUGAGAGAUUUUAUAUCUCUGGUUUUAUAUGCAUGUUUAACAAUAGGACAUUUCGUUCAGGGAUGCGUCAGUACAAGCAAAACCAGAUUUUAAGAAGCAAAAAGAAGAUUUAAGCAGAGAGGUUUUUGUCACAGGAAUUGCUACCAGAAAGGGUUUUUUACAUGCCAUUUCCUCCUCUCUUUUUGUGUCUUUUUUUGUGUGUGUGUAUCUGACUUCUACACAAUAAAGUACAAAGACUAUGUUCAUUAAAAUCCAACGGCAUAGACUCGCAUCAAAGCUGACGGCAGAACCGGCUAUAAAGAACAUCUGUUCAGGCAACGCAACCCUCAUUCCCACCAGACUGCAUGAGCAGGAAUUAAACCGCAUUCAUACGAGAGCCAUACAUUAAUCAGCAGUUUCACAAUGGAGUUGUCUAGAGAGGGUCGACCGACACGACUGAGCAGCAAGUGUUAAAACUCUGCAUUUUACCUCCGACAGGUGAAGAGCUCUUUUCCUCUCACCUUUUUUCCUUGACCUCAAAGGUUCAAGUAAGAAGUAAUAAAAAUAACAAAUACCAUAUCCACUACAGUGCAGAUCAACCAACCGCAGGAGAUCAACAUGCUGGAUGCACUCAAGUGUGGUUUUAUUAUUCUUGUGAAGUUGGUACAGUACACUGGUCAUGUAAGGAUAGAAGUCUUUUCACAAUGGGCUUUUUCACAUGCUGCAAAGGAUGACCAGGAUGGAUUAAAGAUUACGUGUUACCUGUUAAUGUGGCUCUGAUACAGAAAUAUAUGACACCGUUCACAUAAUACCAACACUAGCUUGUUAACAUGCAAACACAACAGUACAUAAUGUGGUCAGUUUAUUGUCUGUCAGAUGAUUCCUCUCUUAUUCACUGUCCAUAUUAUGUUUAUAUAAGUAUAUAGUCUUCUAAUUUCUCCAAAUCUGUUUUUUUUUUUUUACACCCAGAGUAACACAUGCACUUCCGACAACUUGGUUUUAUUGGUAAAACAGAGAAAGUAUCUCUUAUUGUAUAUCCCAUAAGAUCCAUGUUAAAUCAUUAUGCUUUUAAAGUGAGUUCAACCAAAAAUGAAUAUUUCUCUCAUCAUUUAUUCACCGU